UGUUUUGUUUCUCUACUCGUACUCUAGCUAGCUAGUACCUACUAUCUACUUUGUGAAUUUAAUUUAUACUUUUUUGGAAAGUAUUAUUUAGUGACAGUCUCUGUCUCCAUCCAGUGCAUGCAAAUGUCCAAAGAGGCCAUACAAUUUGUGAAUAUAAUUUGAUAAGCUAUUGAGCUUUGUAAGAAAGAAAAUGGACCGCGAAAGUCUUUAUGUAUCACAAGAUGGCGAACCAUCAACGUUUGAAUUUGACGACACUCUUCCUCCGCUACCACUGCCCAAUUUAAUGACUACACUCCUGCGUUACUAUGAAAGUGUGAAACCAUUUGGAACUCCCCAAGAACUGCUCAACACACGAAAGCUUCUAACUGAAUUUAAUCAGGGAAUUGGUGCUCAGUUACAAAAAAAAUUACAAGAACGUGCUUCCAAAAUGAAGAAUUGGCUAGAAGAAUGGUGGGAUGCAUACGCAUACCAUGCCUUAAGAUUGCCUUUAUAUCCAUAUAUGGCCAUGUCAACAGUUUUCAAGUUAGACUGCAUUGGAAUUGAAGAAAGUCAAGAAUAUUGUCUAAAGGCUAUGGCAAGAAUCAUACAUCACACUAUUGAGUUCUGGGAACUUUUGAGAUAUGAAAGAAUGAAACCAAUGUCAUCAAAUGGUGGAAAAGUUAAAUAUUCAUCAGCUUUAUAUAAACGAUUUUUGUCAACCAGUAGGAUUCCAGGUGAUCCUUUGGAUAAGGUCGUAAGACAUUUUAGAUCAAUAAGUGAAUCUGAAAAACCUCCAACGCAUGGCUUGAUCUUUGGUAAAGGAAGGAUAUUCCUAUUCGAUUGCCUCAAUGAAGACGGUUCAAUUUUGUCACCUCAACAGAUCUUGGUGAUCCUUAAUCAAGUCACUGGAACUUUAGAAUUCGAAGGUAAAGGUGAUUGUGUGCCUGUCUUGACUAACGACGAUAGGACUUUCUGGGCAAAGAAUCGUCAAAGAUUGCUUGAGAUUUCACCUAAAAAUAAAGAAUGUCUCCAAUUAGUGGAGAGUUCUAUAAUUGUUGGAGUUUUAGAUGAUAAUCAACCAAAAGAUCAUGAAGAUUCAGCUAACAUAGCGAUAGCUGGUGAUUUCCAUUCAAAAUGGUCAGACAGAAGCAGUAUGAUUGUUGCAUUUAAAAAUGGAAGAUUUGCAUUUAUUGGAGAGCAUUCAGCUUAUGAUGGAACGCUUAGUUGUCACUUUUCGUUUUACAUGCAUCUUAGCCUUUUGGAGAGUGGAGAGCCCAACUGGAAUGACAAGCCUAAAAACUCUCCAAAGCCAAUUGAAGAGAUUCGUUUUGAUUUGGAUGAAACUCUUCAAAAUGAAAUCAAAAGAGUGAUGUUAGACUGUGAUUCUAGACGAGAAGAUGUUAUUGUAACUGAUUUAACUUUCGAUGGGUAUGGAAAAGAUACUAUUAAAACUUUUAAGCUUCAUCCUGAUUCGUUUCUUCAGAUUAUUCUUCAAUGGACUUAUUAUUUGCUUCAUGGAGAAUUUGCUCCAAUUUAUGAGUCAGCUUUGAUGCGACAAUAUUAUAAUGGUCGCACAGAAACACUUCGAUCGUGUACAAUGGAAGUUGUGAAAUUCAUCAAACUUGCUACAAAUCCUGAUUCGACGAAAAAUUCAAUCGCAGAAAGUUUGCGAAAGGCUGUUAACCAUCACACUCAUAUGAUGAAUGAAGCUCGAGAAGGACGAGGUAUCGAUCGUCAUUUGUUCGGAUUAUGGUGUGUCAUUCAAGAAGAGGGUCUAGAAUUACCAGCACUGUUUACAGAUCCACUCUAUUCGAAAAGUGGUGGUGGGGGUAAUUUUGUUUUAUCCACCAGUACCUUAGGUUACACCAUCGAUAAUGGCUAUGUAGCUCCAAUGGUUAUGGAUGGAUAUGGUCUGUUUUAUAGCAUCGUUUCUAAUGCAAUUCAUUUGUAUACAACAGUUUUUCGAGGAAGUGAAAAAACAAGCGCACACAAGUUCAACAAGAAGUUUGAUGAAGUAAUGCUGAUGGCUAAGGAUAUACUUGAAGGAUCGUCACCAGCAAAAUUAUGAACAAUAUGUAUGUGGCGUAGUGCAAGGCCAAAAAGUGUUCUAAAUCUGUUUGCUGUUAAUUUUAUGUGAUAGUGUGAUAAAUUGUCACAGAUUGAAGGGUCCUCUUUAAGGCAAAAAAAUUGUUUUAAUAAAACUUUAACAAAACA